GUGAAUCUUAGGUGCAGCGACUGACCCUAUCAUCCCUUUGCCAACAGAGGUGGUGGAAGAGAAUUCCUAGGUGCAGAGACUGAGGAUAUCAUCCUUGUGACAGGGAAGAAGGUGGAGGACUCUUGGGAGAAGGUGUCAAGUAGGUGCUGUGGAGUGUCAGGAUUUUGUUGGUGAAGAAGAUGAAAGGACUCUUGGAAGGUGUCGAGUGAAUCUUAGGUGCAGCGACUGACCCUAUCGUCCCUUUGCUAACAGAGGAGGUGGAAGGACUAUUUGGAACAGGUGCUAAAUCCUAGGGUUAUUGGUUGCUGAAUCUAUUCUAGUUUCUUGCUUUCUGCUAGGAAAGGAGGUAAAAGGACUCUUGGGAGAGGGUGGCAAGGGAAUUCUAAAUGCUGUGAUGUCUGUCACCAUUUUGUUGGGGUAAAAAGACUAUGAGAAACAGAUUCUAGAUGCUGUGGCGUGUAUCAUCCUUCUGUUGGGGUAAAACGACUAUGAGAAACAGGUUCCAAGUGACUCCUAGGUGUUGCGACUGGCUCUAUCCAUCCAUUUCUAACAGAGGGCCUGGAAAGACUCUUGGAGAAGGGUGUCGAGUGACUCCUAGGUGUAACUAACUGACUCUAUCAUCCUUCUGUUGACAAAGGAACACGUGUUGCAGUGUGUUGAGGUCUCAGCUACCGACGCUAGGCAUCUACCUUUGAAAAGACACAGAGAUUAACCAAUGAAGACACGUAGUCUUGCUUAGGACAUAGAGAGGCCUGGGGUCAGUUUUAAGCUCCCUUGCAGGCUUCCUUCAUAGAAGGAUAAAUAGAGUGCCUCCUGGGAUUAGCUGGUCCUCACUUUAGAUCUCUUCAGAUCUCUAAUUAGAACUCUACAGGUUCCAGUGAUCCUCUACAACCACCCUUCAUCGAAGUCCUUCAUUUCUAACAAUCUAACCACCCGAAAUGGAGUAACAAGCUUCGAUUUCGGCUCUUCAAGGCCGAGGUAUGAAACUAAGGACCACCAACCUAGCAGAAGACUCUUGAAUUCGGCUUCGAUCCUGUAGGUCUGAAAGGAACGCUUGCGGAAUUCCUUGGCCUGAAAGGUCAACCCAACAGUCCUCCGAGAACGAAAGGUCUGACGCCUUAAUAAAAAAAAACAGAACAGAGAAUAAAAGGCUCAACGAACAAUUGCCAAGAAUUCUUUUGAAGAGCAAUCUUUCCAGCUGCGAGAAGAAGGGGACAGCGAACAGCGGGAGGGUUCAGCAAGCCUGUGUCUUUCGUUGUUUGACGUUGAAAAUCUGACGAAGAGUAGUGACUUCGAUCUGAGCGCAGAAAGACCGAAAACUUUACGAGUGACAUCAUAGUUUCCUGCAGGUGGCAGAAUGAGCUAUCGAUCUUGGGAUUAUGGUAAGGAAGGCAACAGGUAGCUUUGGUUAGAGUCUUAGGUAUCUCGAGCACACCUGGGAAUCAGUGAAGAGUGUCACGUGUGGUUAGACAAUCCUCAAAUUGAAGAGGAAUCUAGGAACCUAUUAAAUUAGGGAAGAGUCCUAGAAGAGCAGCUCUAAACAGUCUCUGGGGAAUUGUCACCAUCUAAUAGGUGGCUAGGAGAUGUAAGAGAAGAGGUGUAAAAAUUAGAGAGAAGUCCUAAUAGAACAAGCAGUGUUCAUAGUCAGUGCUCGGUACUCUAGGAAGCUUUAAAUGAGUUCAUACCAAAUUGGUAAAAACAUACUUGACGUAUCUUGUCACUGAGAGGUGUAUCAAGGACCCGGAAGAGGAUUGCUGUUGCGAAAGCCAUGUCAUAAGCUUCAAGGGGUCUACAGAGGCCAAGGGUAGUGACACAUACCCGAGAAAUUCUCAACUCGGAAAAAUUCUCAAAACAAAAACCAGUUCUGACUACUUUCAAGCUAUUAUCAACAUCCACCAGAAUCCACGUGCAACAGUCAAGCCUUCAACAUACCCAACAGAAUUCGCUCCACCUUCAGAGAUACUCUUGUAUUUCUACAAAGGGCAGCACUUGACCAACUCGUCUGCUUCAUCCAAGUUUCUGUUGCUAUACGCGCGAGGAUGAUGCUGAUCCGGCAAUAGAGCCCGAGAUCAGCGAGUGGUCAAUCGUUUCUUGGGAACCUGAACGUUUACGAGCCUCGAGUAGCGAAAACAAGUCUGCCAGGUGGGAAGACGACAGACAGCUCUGUGACUCGUCCUUUCUUUUUUUAGGGACUGAGCUGGAAAAGUGUUGGAGAGACUAGGGAUGAUAAUGUUUCAUCGGUUGGAAUAUUGAAGUUUCCACGUGGAAUCGUCAUUGCUGUUCUGCUGGACAUUCUUAAGGAGAAUUGCUGAGGUUUUGGAAACUUAAGGGAGGCUUUCGAGGAGCAGAUUCGAAGGAGGACCUCUGAUAGCUGAGCGAGGAUCGUUAUAGUGCAAUUAUUCAUGCGCCACCUCGGAACACAGCAAACUGACAUUAUGGAUCCCUACGAGAACAUUGAUUUCAACCAUCCGAGCAGCCAUCAUCUCCAGAGACACAUACUGAUGAAGAAGGAGAACGAGUGCAACGUAGAAAGGACUUCAGUUGUGAACACAAGCAAACAUUCACAAGGCUGGUGUCCUGUAUUUUGGGACACAAUACUCUGCUGGAACUCGACGCCACCUGGAGAACUCGCUGUUAUGCGCUGUCCACCAUACAUAGCUGGCUUUGAUAGUGAGGCGAAUGCAUCGAGACAGUGCAUGCCUGACGGCCAGUGGUUUUGGAACGACGCUACCAAUGCCACGUGGACCAACUACAGUCAGUGUUAUCCGGAUUCGUUGGUACCCUAUGUGAUCAAGGAUUUCGACAGUGAAGGAGGCAACAAUCAAACUUUGACUAUGAGAUUCUUGCCGAUACUGAAGACCGUCUCAACGGUCGGUUACACCGUUUCCUUUUUCACUUUGGUGGUGGCGUUUUUCAUUUUGGCACUGAUCAAGAAAUUGCGAUGUCCCCGAAACGUCCUCCAUAUGCACCUGUUCGCCUCGUUCAUGCUGAGAGCGUUCAUGGCUCUGAUAAAGGGCUUCUUGUUCGUGUCUGGGAUCGGCCUGGCGACGGACAUGACGUUCAAGGAUGGUAAAAACUAUUGGCUGGGAGAUGAGAACAACGGUAGUUGGCUGUGCAAGGCGUUCACCAGCUUGUGGCAGUAUUUUAUACUCGCCAAUUACUUUUGGAUACUGAUGGAGGGACUAUUUCUGCAUAAUUUGGUGUUUUUCGCGAUGUUCACCUACGCCAACUCCAAUAUUACUAUCUACGUGUGUCUUGGAUGGGGCCUGCCAGCAAUAUUCGUGUCUUGUUGGAUCGCGAUGAGAGUCAUACUCGAGGAUAACUACUGUUGGACCACUCACGAGAACCGUAAUCUGUUUCUCAUUAUUCGAGUGCCUACAAUGUUGUCUGUUCUGAUCAAUUUCGUGUUCUUCGUGAACAUAGUGAGGGUUCUCCUACUGAAGUUGAGAUCGACGGUAUCCGAGGAAACUCAACGAUACAAGAGAUGGGCGAAGAGCACUCUGGUCUUGGUGCCCCUCUUCGGGGUGCAUUACACCGUUUUCUUGGGGAUGUCUUACAGCAUGGGCGUUAACGAGACUGUCGAGGUCGCCUGGUUAUUCUGUGAUCAAUUAUUUGCGUCGUUCCAGGGUUUCUUCGUGGCCGUUUUAUACUGUUUCCUGAAUGGCGAGGUUAGGGCAGAGGUGUCCAGAGCAAUCAGGAGCCAACGGCUUCCUCGUUUCCGUCCCAGAUGGCUUUCCAGACCGUCGACGUACUCCGGAAGCACGUGCAGUUGCAACGCAGCCAAGAUCGACAGACGCUCGAAGAAGCAGCGAUGGUGGACGAGCCCUUGGUCCCUUCACGAUAGGGAUGCUCGACGCUCUACUCACUCGACGGCGAGUACACAAGAUAUUGGCACGCGAGGAGGUAGUCUAGCGAGCAGUAGAGGCUACCUGGAAAUCGCAGGAAACGGACAGAGUGCACUUCCGGGUAACCAAAGUCAACGAAACAGUAAUUCGCCACCCCUCUAUAGCAAGUACACGGAUCAGUCGUUGCUUUCAUUCUGCUCUAACGUCUCGGAACUGACCCCAUGCACAGGUAUGAAUGUUGACAGAGUACGCGACCACCAUCGUUGGAGCGACUCAGAGUGUUGUCAUUUAGCUUACGAGCUGCACAACUUGCACCACGGGCCACCAUGAGACUUCAUGAACCACCGAUAUAAAUUUAGUACAAUCGUUGCAUACCAAAGACGAAUCACCACCGACUGAUCAAUAAAAUAAUUCAGAUUUAACACUCUGCACUCCAGAUUGUUUAAUUCCAGUGCAUUUUUGUAGAGUCACGUUCGACAUGGGACUACGAAGGGGAAAUGCAUACGAACAUUUUGUUAUUUUUAUUGAAAAUACACGGACACUAUAUAACAAACUUGUAUUUUAAACUACAUGUGACUUCUGUGUUUUUUGUGUCACUGUGAACUGAUGGUACGUGGGUCGAAUGUGAGUGUAAGUUUGAUCGUUCUGGUCAAGUAUUAACUUGUACUUUCUUAUUAUGUGCCUGAGUAAUUUAAACAGUUGUAACUACAUUUAUAUUUUUUAAUAUCAUUAUGUUGUACUGUAAUGAUACUUGGUAAUUGAUAGGAGAACUUGUGGACAUACAACAUUAAAUUAAGAUAAGAGCAAAAUAUGGAAUACAAUUUUUUCAUUUAAAGCUUAGUUCUCACUAGCACACUUUAAUACCAAUUACCAAAAUUGUACGUAUUUUUAAAUUAUUGGAAUAUAUGAGGCUAGAGAAUGUUUUGGUAUGUCAGAGUAUGUUUCAGUUUGUAUAGAAAUAAUAUAUAUAUAUAGAUAUGUAUAUUUACAAUGCAAACGAAUUGAAAAAAUAAAGGAAAACAAUAAUGAACUCACUCGUGGAACAGUUAAAGAAAAUUAAAAUGAAAACAUAAAUCCAUCUGGCUUCCCUAAUUUAUGUGAUAAUUAAUAAUAAAAAAUGAAAAUUUCCUUUAUCUUUUCUAUAGGUAAUCAGAAUCCUAAUGGCACGAUUUAAACUGCUAUUAAUUAUUCAACUAUUACAAUUAAAUUACUACUAAUUAGUAAUUAGUGUAUGAAUAAUUAAUUAAUCUGUACACUCUCUGUAAAUUACAACUGAUGAAUGUUUUUACUAUACAUAUAUGUGCGUGUACAUGUGAGUCUGUGAAUAUAUAUAUAUAUC